ACUGCCUAGCAGCUGUCAAUUUAGUCUUGCCAGUGACACAAACAAGAAAAAACAACAAACUUAGCGAAAGUGCAACAGAAACUCCGGAAUGUCCACCUUAACUCGUCCGAAAUCGCCCCGUACUCCCACUUCCGGGAGAACUGAUAAGGAGGAAAGCAUCUGGGACAAAAUUGGAACCCUGGGAAGAAAGAAGCGCAUAAAGGAAGUGCAAGAAAUCCAGGAGGAAGGCAAGAUUGCGAUCGACUCGCCCGGUAGUCCCAAUGCACCGAUCAUCCCCCCGGAGGAUUACAAUUUGGACGAUAAUGAAUCACGCUCGAUCAUACAGCCUGCUUCGUUGCAAAUGCCAAAGGUGAAGGAACUGCUGCAGGUGCUGAUCGAUUGGAUCAACGAUGAGCUGGUGGAGGAACGAAUCAUCGUCACUAACAUCGAGGAAGAUUUGUACGACGGUCAGGUACUGCAGAAGCUGUGGGAAAAACUGUCCAACAACAAGCUUAACGUGCCAGAAGUGACCCAGUCGGCCGAGGGACAACGCCAGAAGUUGUCCGUAGUGCUGAACGCUGUAAACCAUACUCUUGGUUACCACCAUAACACCCCGAAGUGGACAGUGGAAAGUAUACACACGAAAAACAUUGUCUCGAUUUUGCAUUUGCUAGUCGCACUGGUACGUCACUACCGCGCACCAAUCCGUCUGCCGGACAAUGUGUUCGUGACGGUGGUAAUGGUACAGAAGCUGAACGGAAAGCUCAGUAGCCAAAGGUUCCAGGAGCAGAUUACCCAAUCGUACGAUGACGUCGGUAUGCGCUGCGAACCGGACGCAUUCGAUACGCUGUUCGAUCAUGCCCCGGACAAGCUGAAGGUGGUACAACGAUCAUUGAUUUCGUUCGUAAACAAACAUCUGCACAAGCUAAACUUCGAAGCGGGCGAUUUGAACACAGACUUUAAGGAUGGUGUAUUUUUGUGUCUGCUAAUGGGGCUUUUGGGUGGAUUUUUCGUACCGCUGCACGAUUUCCAUCUCACACCGAAGGAUGCGGAUCAGAUGACACACAACGUGGCAUUCGCGUUCGAGCUGAUGAUGGAUCAGGGUCUAAGACCGAAGGCGCGCCCCGAAGAUAUUGUAAACAUGGAUUUAAAGUCCACUCUGCGGGUGCUGUACACCCUGUUCACGAAGUACCGAAACAAUCCUUGAGCAGGGCUUGGCUACAAGGACGCACCGAGAGCUCCCGUUUAGACAGCUAACCAAUGUGCCUUCCGUUUUUAUCGAAUGUUAUUGCAAAACGUAAAUAGAGUAUUAACAUAGGACAACUAAUUAUAUUUAUACCCAUCGGUUUUCACUCCAACGCCCCCAAUCACAGCCGUGCCUUGAAUUGUGUUUUAAUUUUACAACUUAACUAAGUGAUUAAAUCUAUAACAGUCGAUGUUGCUAACGUUUGCGGAUUAAAUAAAAACGUGACGAAACUAACCAAA